AACAUGAAGUUUUUUGUGGAUGAAAUGGAAUUACGGUUGGAAGAUAUAGCUGGAUGCCCAACAAUUCUUGGCUAUAGCUUGAAGCAGAGGAUUAUUCCUAGAUGGUCUGUGGUUAAAAUUUUGAAGACGAAGGGUUUAAUCAAGGAACAUGUGUCCCUAAAUUCUGUUAUCAUCAUGAGUGAGAAAAGGUUUCUGGAAAAUUUUGUGAUCAAAUUUCAAGAAAGUGUUCCUCAGCUGCUGGAACUCUACAGCGGUUCUGGGCUGCUAAUGUAACAUAUGGAUAUGUUUGAGAGUGAAGUUGCCUUUUGUCAUUGAAGGAGUGGAAACUGAAAUGAGGAGGUGGUAAUCUAUUUAAGAGGGAAGCUUAGUAUGGAAGAAGUUAGGGGUAGAAAGUUAAAAACUCUUGCGACGAGGUGCACCGAUGCUUCGACAAAUUUUGCCUUCUCAAUCUCCCUCGCGCCUCCGUUCCAUUGUUUCGUCAAUGUGCCAAAGAUGCAGAUUCGAUGAUGCUGCCUGACCCGAAAUAGCGAGGUUUAUACAUAGGAAAUGCAAAAGGUUACAGGAUUGCUCACCUUCUUCUCUUACGUUGUCUGGGUUCUACUCCCUUCUUCGUUCUUUAUUUGCUGAUUGUCUGAUUGUAAGCGUCAUAUUUGGGAAAAUUUGAGGAAUUAUGCUACUUGCCGGGUUGAUUGGAGCUGACUACUCGUCUAUUUAGUGAGUUUCUGACCAUCAUCAUUCAUGCUAACUUUUCUGUUUGCAAGAUUAUCUUCGUCACUGCCGUGGUGGAGGACAGCCCAGUUAGGGUUUCUUCAUCGCAAUGCAUCCCACAUUUCCUGUUCGUUUUAUUCAGUUGCGCAAUUAUCUCAGUCAAGUCGACCAGAACAAAGUAGAGAUGGGGAUCUUUCGUUUACGCAAUCUUACCUCAUGAACUCAUGUGGCAUGUCUGCCAAAGUUGCUGGUAAAGUAUCUGAGAGGAUUGAAUUGAAGGACCCAUAUCAACCGGAUUCGGUACUUAAUAUUCUGAGAAGCUACGGAUUCUCAGAUCCACAGAUAUCCAAGAUUGUGACGUGCUAUCCACGGGUGCUUUUGGCCAAUCCUGAGCACAAUAUUUUGCCCAGGCUAAGGUUUAUGCAGUCUGUGGGGUUCUCAGCUGCUGAAAUCCCAGAACUCUUCUCGUAUAACACUGCAUUAGUGUUAUAUAGCUUAGAGAAACGUAUAAUUCCCCACUAUGAGGCCCUUAAAAGUGUGCUUUAUGAUGAUUGGAAAGUGAGGAGAUGUCUAAAAUGCUCUACUUGGAGUAUUUGCUCCUAUGAUGUCAAAAAUAUCGGCCCAAACAUAAAGGUUUUAAGAGAUGAAGGAGUGCCUCAAUCUUUGGUCUUUUUCCUGUUAUCUAGACGUGCAAAUGUAGCAUUCAUGAAUCAAUCAAUUUUUGCAGAAUAUGUCAAGUUUGUCAAGGAAACAGGAGUCGAACCUUUCAAGAUUGGGUUUGUUGAAGCACUUAUAGUUGUAGCUCAGUUGCGUAAAUCAACCUGGGAGUCGAAACUGGGUAUCUUUAAGAGAUUUGGCUGGUCCCAAGGUGUCACACUCAUGGCAUUUAGUAAGGUUCCAAAUAUCAUGGCUAUGUCAGAGAAAAAGAUCUCAGACGCAAUGAAGUUUUUCAUAGAUGAAGUGGGUUUGCGGUUGGAAGAUAUAGCUGGACGACCGAAUAUUCUUAGGCAUAGCUUGAAGAAGAGGAUUAUUCCUAGAUGUUCAGUAGUAAAAACUUUGAAAAUGCAGGGUUUAAUCAAGGAAAACGUGUCCAUUCCUUACCUGAUUAGUAUGAGCGAGAAAAAUUUUCAGGAAAAUUUCGUGGUUAAAUAUCAGCAAAGUGUUCCUCAGUUACUGAAAAUCUAUAGGGGUGAUUUUGGAUUCUUACCUGAUAUUCAGGCCUAG